AUUUCAUAAAAAUAUAAGUUAAAAAAACUUAUUAAAAAACCAUUUUGAGAUUGAUUCCUUCCUCUUCCAUUCUCUUUGGUUUUUGGUUUACCUAUCACUCACUCAUCUCAAUCUCAUUUCAGCUCUCUACUCCUAAAUAAAUCGGUUUUGCUGUUUUCUUGUCCAUACCAAAUAAUACCACAUACCAAAUACCAUAUACAUAUUUAUGUUGUGUUAUGUUAUGUUAUGCUAUGUUAUGUAUGUACAAGUAUACAACUGAAUCAUAGAUAACGAUUCAUCGGCUUUCAGUCUCCUUUUAUUUCAGGUUCAAUGUAUAAUAAAAUAAUAAACAUAAUUUACUGAAUAGCUACAGUGUUUCCCAAACCAAAUGUCAAGGACUCUUGCAGCAAUAUUAGGAGGAGCUGGUCAAGUUUCACCUCAGAAGCUAGAAUUCAAACAUAGACUCUCAAUAGCUCUAGGGGCAGCUACAGGUUUGGCUCAUCUUCACUCCUUAAGUCCCAGAUUGAUACAUAAAGAUUUCAAGACAGUGAAUGUACUUGUAGAUGAAAAUUUUAUAGUUAAAGUUGCGGACGCAGGACUUCGUAAUUUUUUGGGAAGGAGUGAUAUUGCCGGUCCAUCUUCUCAAGAGACAGCAGAUGAGAUAUUCCUUGCCCCAGAGGUGAGAGAGUUUAGACGCUUUUCUGAAAAGAGUGAUGUAUACAGUUUUGGUGUAUUCCUUCUGGAGUUGGUAAGUGGGCGGGAAGCAUCAGAAUCACCAACUUCAGACUACAGUCAGAACCUGGUUGAGUGGGUAUGCAUUCAACUUUAUUGAAUGCUGUGAAAUAACAAAUAUGCAGAGCAUGCUAAUCUUGUGAUUCAUUUGUGGGUGGCCCUAGAGAUCAUUUCUUAUGCCUUGCUAGUUGAAAAUUUUGGUUGAAAGAUGUUUGUGAUUCCUGUGAGUGGGAGGCUUGGCUUGUUGUUUGUGUGCGUAGCCACCACAGAGAUUGUUGUGGCUAUUCUUAUCAUAUUUGAAGUGAUUUAGGAUGCUGUUAUUUGCAACUUUGACAUGUUAGAGCGAAAUAAGUAGUAGAGACAGAU